UUGAAUCCAAGUUUCUAGCCGGUGGAAUUGACAGACACACUCGUGUUAGUUUUUUUCCUUCUGUACUCUCAGUGCGCCGCGUCAGAAGCUUUAUAGCAAAUGUUUUUUUGACCUUUAACAACUCUUGAUAAAAAAAAUACAAAUUCAUGUUAAAGUAGAAAUCUACUGCUUUACAGGUUGCAACUAUUAUGGCCGGUGCCACCACAAAGACUGUACACGAUAUUUUUCAAAGCAUGGAAUACGGACCAGCGGCAAGUUCCAGCACUGGCUCUGCACAGGCCUGGCUGAAUCAUCAUUCCCGCGCUCUGGGUCUGUUUAUCGAUGGCAAGUUUGUCCGUCCAGAAGACAGACAGACUCGCUCACUGAUGGACUCCAGGGGUGAUCUCGUGUGUCACACGAUGUGCGCUGUAGAGGCUGAUAUUUCCCAGUGUAUAUCCUCUGCCCUUCAGGGCUUUGAUGUUUGGAGUGGCCUCUCCUGCUACCAGAGGUCCAAAGUCCUGCUCAGGUUGGCGAGUACCCUCGGGCAACAUGGCCAGAGCGUCACUGAGCUGUGUGACCUGUGUCAAGCCUCCUUCAGCUCCUCCGCCCUGGUUCGAAUGUUGCAGUACUACAGCAGCUGGGCUCAGCUCAGAGACAGGCUCAUUGCACACUGGAAGCCACUGGGUUUGGUUGCAGUGGUUACCUCUGAUGACUGCACUCUCUAUCCCCUGAUGCUCAAAGUUUUGCCUGCGCUAGCCAUGGGUAACGCUGUCAUUAUUGUCCCUGGUCAGUGCACUGCCGCUCCAAUGCUUCUGCUGUCUCAACUUUUCAUGGCUGCAGGCAUCCCUGCAGGGGCCCUCAGUGUUUUGACUGGCAGUGACAUCUCACUGGCUGCUAAUGUGGCCAUGAACCCCAACAUCAGCUAUGUCACCUACAGUGGCAACAAGCAGGACGGCAUGAAGCUGUGUAAAGCCACAGCUGGGAUGGGUGUCCCAGUCUCUGUAACCCCUACAAUCGGAGCCACAUGCCCCAUCAUUAUCUUUGAGUCUGCUGAUAUCAACAGUGCUGUGGAUGAUGUGAUAGAGACUGCCUUCAAAAAGAAAAAAGAGACGCACUGGGUGCUGUGUGUACAGGAGAGUGUGUUAAACAAUGUGGUGGACCGUCUGCAGCUGCGCAUUGCAGGCUUGAAGUGCGUGCCUCUUCCCAGCUGUGAAGCCAGGUUGCUAGUGGACGCCGCAGUGCAGGAAGCUCAACACAAGGGGGCCACGUUGGUGCCGUCCUGUGCCGUCCCCUCCUCUGGACCCCAAUAUCCGCCUACAGUUCUGUGUGGAGUGGCCCCCUCCUCUCAAUGUGUGGUCACUCCCUCUCCUGGCCCGCUGCUCCCUCUUAUGACCUUCAGAAGCAACACAGAGGCAGUGACGCUGGGCAAUCACAGUCCACAUGGCCAAGCAGCUUCUAUAUGGACUGAAGACCUCACUCUGGCUCUGGAGACGGCAAAGAGUCUGUCUGUUGGGUCGGUGUGGGUGAACUCCAAACCUCUAUCUGAUCCAUGUCUUCCUUUUUCGGGUCACAAAGACAGCGGCACCUGCACCGACGGAGGGCAGGAGGGUCUGUAUCAAUUUCUACAACCAGCUUUCACCCCUCCUGUUUGUCGUACUUCACCUCUUGCUAUGGACUACACCAAUUUUGGAACUGAUGCACCUCAAGUUGUAAUUCCGGAUGAAACUAGUACGGCAAAGUCCUACUUACAGUUUGUUGCUGGCAAGGUAUGCAAGUCAGAGUCUGGUGGCACUGUGGCAGUUUAUCCAAAAGGAAGCGCCAGCGUGUUGUGUUACUGUCCCGACGGAGGCCGGAAAGAUGUCCGUAACGCUGUGGAGGCAGCUAUCAAAGUUCAACCUGGGUGGAUGAAAAAGAGUUCAUCUGCACGUGCUCAGUCCAUUCAGUCUCUGGCCAAGGGUCUUGAGGGAAAAAGGCGAGAAAUAGCGACGUCAAUCAGCAGCCAAACUGGUCUCCCAUUGGAAGAAGCCGACACCGAGGUGGAGCUCAGCAUCGCCAGGCUCAGUGAUUGGGCAGCCUACUGUGACAAAGUUUGCGGCAGAACUCUGCCCAUGCCACAGUCUGGCUCAGGUCUCUCCAUCCCUGAAGCGCUGGGCGUGGUAGGGGCGGUCCUACCUGAGAAGCAACCCCUCCACUCCAUGGUAACAAUGCUUGGGGCAGCCAUCGCCACAGGCAACGCCAUCAUUCUGGUACCCAGCGAGGAUUGUCCACUACCGGCAUUGACUUUUAUUCAGGUGCUCCAGUCUUCAGAUCUGCCUGCAGGAUUGGUGAACGUCAUUACAGGAAGAAGAGACCAGCUAACAAAGGCUUUGGCGAGUCACAGCGUCAUCAAGGCCAUCUGGUAUUGGGGCAGCGAUGAGGGCUGCCAGUACCUGCAGCACACCUGCACCAGCCCUCUGAAAACCCUGCGCCUGUUCGGGAAAGACGGCAACAGGGACUGGUCUCACGCCUCUGUCUUAGAGGAGAUGUGGAGGAACGGCGUCCAGUGGAAGAGUGUGUGGAUUCCUACAGCAUAAUGACUAAAAAACAAGAAGAUAAAGGUUGUGGUUUUCUUGUCAAUCUCAACUUAAUUGGCUUUACAUAUGCAGUGGUACCUCAACUUGCGAGUAAUUUGGCUGUUUGCUCGAGCAUAGUUUAUGUACAAACAUUUCUGAACAUUUGAAGUAGUGUUUGUCCAUAGCUGUAAUUUAGUUUAUAUCGGUAAUUAUAGGCGGUUGAAUUCCUAAAUGUAGGCUGUCACUUUGCAACAGAUAAAAAUUAGCUCUAACCCAUCGCUGGUCUGUGCAAUAAAUGUAUAGUGCAAUGUCCGUAUCACAUAAACAAACAGCCCACAGCCAGAGAUUGACACAAUCCGGCCGUCCAACAACCGGAAAUUACAAAUGGGUUGUACUUGUAUACCGCUUUUCUACCUUCCAGGUACUCAAAGCGCUUUGACAGUAUUUCCACAUUUACCCAUUCACACACACAUUCACACACUGAUGGAGGGAGAUGCCAUGCAAGGCACUAAACAGCACCCAUCAGGAGCAAGGGCGAAGUGUCUUGCUCAGGACACAACGGACGUGACGAGGUUGGUAGUAGGUGGGGAUUGAACCAGGGACCCUCGGGUUGCGCACGGCCACUCUUCCACUGCGCCACGCCGUCCCUUGAUUGCGAAGGAUUACGCCCACCAAAUCAGAACACCAAUUCAUUAAAACAUUUAAUAGACUUGAAGUGUUCACAAUCGUCAGGGCCGCCAGUCUGCACCACCCCUGAGCAGAAUUUAGCUUCCACGCCAAAACGUCCACACAGCGGACAUUAAUCCAUUAAAAUAUAAGAAGGUGCCAAAUGGUCUGCAUGACUUUUCUCAUAUGUUCUUUUCUCCUCACUUCACAAACUGGACGAAUGAGCAUUAGCCUUUCUCACUGAGUUGUUGCUGUCAACUCUGAUCUCGCCGCUACGUUACUCAAAGAGGUCUGUGGUUACCAUAAACAACACAUUCUUAGUUGCUAGUAUUCUAGUUCAUAUGGAAACAGUGUUGCCAGAUCCCAUGAGAGAAACAAGCAACUGUAAGAAAAUAAGGCUAAAAUCGUUUAAAAUAAGCGGACUUGGCAACACAGGAUGGAGAAGGAGCCUAUAAGAGACACUACAUUCGUUCGGUUCCCAAGAUAAAUGCUGUACAAUAUUAUUACAUAAUUUUACAUAAAGUUUGUUUGUAGUACAUUCUAUUGCAUUGACUUUCAAACAAUAUUUCUUUUGUAAAAGUUAGUUUUUCUUUUUAAAAAGCAGGUUACAUGUUAAAAUUGUGCUCCUUGGGUGGGGAAGACAAGCUUGCAUUAAAUUGAUUUCAGUAUAUUUCAAUGAACGGGGCCGAUUUGCAUUGCGCUUCUAAUUGAAACACACUUAAGUUGGUCAUGUUUAUGUCUGUCGACAAAGUCUUUAAGUAGUGGUCCAUUGUGUUCAUCCUAUUGCUUGAAUUAUCCCGCGACGGCUUUUGUCGACAUAACAUGUGAGUGCCAUAGGUGCCAUUUCCAUUUAAACCCAGUCCCUUUUUGUUGAUGUGUUGUAAUAGAGGUGGUCCUCGUUUACGAUGUUCCGUACGCGCUCCCAUAAAGGAAUUAAAAACUUGAUGUGGUUCCGUAAAUAUGAUGACUCUCACUCGAAGCUCACUUCCAGCGAGCUAUCCUUUCUUAGCUUAGCACAGUGAUAACAUCGGUUAUAGUCAACUUUUUGCAUUUGCUUAUGUUUCCCUGGUGUACUGUGACAGCUCAUAAAGCCUUUAUCCCUGAAGUUAAAAUAAACAUAUUAAAAAGUUAAGCUAGAAGAGAAACGCCCAACUACAUUGACUGCUUUUGGUCUCAACAAUUAGACUCCCGCAACCCAAAAGACGUGUUUGUAACCCUAUGACCACCACCUGUAUCAUUAUCGCUAAUCUGCGUGAAACAACAGCAACAUGCACAACGUUAAAAUCGGGACUUCCUGUUCAGUGCAUAGUCUGAUUCAAAAUAAAAGCAUGGCAAUGUUCACAGCAACUAACAAAAUUCGAACAUGCUGUGAAAUACCGCAGCAGCUUUGCUAGAUAGGUGUAUAAAUAUGAUAUGAAAACACAGGACUCUAAAUGAAAAUAUGCGCAAAUCAUUUAUUAUAUCCCUUUCUCCUUAUGCCGCUGCCAAAGUAAAUGUGCAUUACAGUAUUGUCAACUGCAUAGAUUGACAUCAGUCAGCCAGUUGAAUGGAAAUCGACAUUAACCGAGUUCUACUGUAAUAUGAAGAUUCAAUGAAAAAUAUUACCAGCUGUAAGUUUAUAAAAAUAUAUAUUGAAGUCCCCUGUUUUCCCCGUGAGUUAUGGACAUGUGCGUCCAAAUAUUAACUUUGAUAACUAUUUUGUAAAGUACAUAAUGGAUUUGUUUAAUCCAACUCAAUAAAUGUAAGAAGACUCCUUCACAUAUAACAAGACUAAAGUGGGUAAUAGACCCCAGUGGACGCUACAGUCAUACUUUGUUACAGGUUCUUUCCUAAAUGUAAGAAGACUCCUUCACAUAUAACAAGACUAAAGUGGAUAAUAGACCCCAGUGGACGCUACAGUCAUACUUUGUUACGGGUUCUUUCCUAAAUUCAAUCAUGUUUGUCACAUUCUUUAUCAAAAUGCUGGCACUCACAACUUACUUUGGCCCCAUGGUAACCUAUUUUGCACACUGACAUUGAAUCAUCAACGUGUGUUUAAUCGUACUUAAUUCGUACUUAAUUGUAACUGAGACAUAUUUUUGAUUUCCGAAAAUGUAAAUACUAAAACCAAGGCAUAUGAAACCUGAGGUACCGCUGUGUUUUGUUGCAUUGGCAAAUCCAUAUGAGGAUUUUUUUUUUUUAGUUAAAUGCAAAGCUUUCUGUGUAAAUGUAACCUACAAAAGAUUAAAAAUGCUCUGUAAAUCAAUAGGUUGAUAAGCAAUGAUUGAUAAGGGCUGAAUCAAACAAAGGCCAAAGGUCGUGCUGUAGUGUUUUUCAACAGCAGAGAGUAGACUGGCUAAACAGUUACAAUUCCUCAAAUAGCAAUCAAAACAAUAAUGGUGAUAUUUUUAUGAUGUUCUGACCGUCUUCCGCCAUAUCCUGCUCUCCUACCUCAUUAGGUUUUAUAUGUACAGUGUGUGACACAACUCUGUAUUAAUAAUAAUAAUAGAAAGCGUUUGGAUGAAACAUGAAGGUUCCACUUUUUCUUAAGAGAGCAGUAUUAUCAAAGGUGAAUUAUGCCAACUGUGUCUUGUCAAAAUAAUAUAUGCUUUUUUUAUAAAUAUGCUUUGUAAACAUUCUACUGCCAAAUAAGCGGCAGUUCUUUCUGAUUAUGUACAGAAAAUCUCUAUUUCCCCACUGAGAUUAAUAAAGUACUUCUGAUUAUGAUUCUAAUUAAAAAAUAUAAUUUAAAAUAUAA